UAAUUUAAUAGUUUUAAUAAUAAAGCUAUUAAUAUUAAUAGAAGAUAAUACUUCUAGCUAUAACUUAACUUAA